UGAAAGGAACUCAAUCCAAAAUUUCAACGCAUCUCUAAAAUAUCUUCCCAAUGAAACCCUAAUUUGUUUCCCCAAUAUAAAAAUAGUAGAACCGGUUCAUCCACCGUACGGAGAGAACAUUCUAAAAAGUGCUUCUGGUGUUCGAACAACUUGAAAUCUCGUUCAUAGAUCUUUCAAAUGAAAUUUGUUUAUUGAUCAUUCUUCCUCUACUCCUUUCUAAUUUUUAUCUAAUCUUCCUCAGGUUCUUCAUAUUUGCAUCUCCCGUCAGAGAAGAAUGGAUCAUCAAGGUCAUGGUCAGAACCCAUCUAUGGGAGUUGUUGGUAGUGGACAAAUGGCUACAUAUGGCUCUAAUCCAUACCAGCCCAAUCAUCUAACUGGGUCACCUGGGAUGGUUGUUCCCUCUGUUGGGACUAUUCAAUCCACUGGUCAACCUGAUGGAUCUCAGCUGGGACAACAUCAACUUGCUUAUCAGCAUAUGCAUCAGCAACAACAACAGCAGCAACAACAACAACUCCAGGCCUUUUGGGGAAAUCAAUAUCAAGAAAUCGAGAAGGUAACUGAUUUCAAGAACCACAGCCUUCCUUUAGCAAGGAUCAAGAAGAUUAUGAAGGCUGAUGAGGAUGUGAAGAUGAUAUCAGCAGAGGCGCCGGUUGUAUUUGCUAGGGCCUGUGAAAUGUUCAUACUAGAGUUAACCUUGCGUUCUUGGAAUCACACUGAGGAGAACAAAAGGCGAACACUUCAAAAGAAUGAUAUUGCAGCAGCCAUCACAGGAACUGAUAUCUUUGAUUUCUUGGUUGACAUUGUGCCUCGGGAGGACUUGAAAGAUGAAGUGCUUGCAUCAAUACCAAGAGGAACAAUGCCUGUUGCAGGACCUGUUGAUGGACUUCCUUAUUGCUAUAUGCCGCCUCAACAUGCACAGCAACCUGGAACUGCUGGUCUCAUGAUGCACAAUCCAAAUGUAUAUGCUCCGCAGUCUCAUCCAUACAUGGCACCUCAAAUGUGGCCCCAACCGCCGGAUCAACAACAAUCGUCUUCAGAUCAUUAGCUACUUCUUAUGGAAGUGUCAUGGUUAUUAAGGUGAACUUUGGUGCAAUAAAUUAGUUUUACAAUGAUUGAGAGUUGGAGUUUUAUAUUGUACUGACCGUUUCAAUACAUCAUAGUAAAAUUUAAUUCUGCAGCUUUUAAAUUUCAAUGUCCUUUCUUAAUGGAAUUUAGUGUUCUCAAUAUUGAGACUUGUUAUUGUAUUUAAAAUAUACAGAUGAAUAACCAAUUAUGGUUUAUGAUUCAUGGGUUAUUAGCACAAGAUGUAUCUUAGUACCGGUGUUGAUCGCAUACUGUAUUGUGAUUUAUCAGUAGUGGUUCCAACCUGAUUUUGCAUUAUAAGAAGAAAUAUAAUAAUUUUGUA